AUGCGAACAUUAUUUGGGAGCUGGGUGUCGAGGUUAGCGUGGUUGGCUGUGUUAAACACACUGUACGCUACCUCCGAGUUGAUUCCGAUCGAUCUUUCCAUCUUUGGCAGCACGCUGUACCGUGUGAUCGAUACAUCCGUAGACUCACUCGUUCGAAACCAUGAUCCCAUGUCGGAUCGGGAACCGUGGGAGCUUGGGAAUCUUGUCGGUGGCGAUAUGAGGCUUCCAAGACCACGCUUUCAGAAUGCUCUUGCGGGACCACCGGAUGCGGCUUAUCGUUGGCCGAAUGCAACCGUCGUCUAUUCGAUUGAUGGAAGCUUCAGUUCCACUGAGCUGGAGUUCAUAAAUGGAGCCAUGGGGGAAUUCGAACGACACACCUGCGUCCGGUUUCGUAGACGCCGGGCUGGACAGGACGUUGCCUACGUUUCGAUUGACAAUUCCGACGCCGGGUGUUGGAGUGACGUAGGUCGAGGCGUUGAACGCACCGUACUAAACCUGCAAUCGGGCUGUGUCACUUCGCUCACAACGCCAGUGCACGAGCUGAUGCACACACUCGGCUUCUAUCAUGAACAUAACCGACAAGAUCGAGACCGUUACGUUGCCAUCCUGUACGAGAACAUGUUACCUGACAAAUCUUUACAGAGUAACUUCGAUCUGGUUAAUUCAGAAAACACGACCACUUUCAAUGUGCCGUACGAUCUUGGCAGCAUCAUGCACUACCGGAGGGAUGCUUUUUCAAAACAACCGAACACGUUGGAUACGAUGCGUGCCAAGGUGCCUUGGGACGGUGAGCUAGGGCAAAGGAACUCGCUGUCCUGGUACGACGCAUUGCUGAUCAACAUCAUGUACUGCGGUGUACAGGUACCAAGAGAACCAUUGCCGAUUCCGUCACGCUGGAUUCCUGCGAAGGCUUACGGACGUAAGGAUCGGUUCCGGUAUCGGCGUGUAAUGCGGGGCAAUGGGAAUUACUGA